AUGGCAAAUUUCACAGGAAUAGAUGAUGUCGAAAAGUGCUUGUCAAUUUUGGAACAAUUUGAAUGGAAUUUGGAGGAAGCUGUUCAGCAUGCUUUAGAAGAUUCAUUUAAUUUGCCUUCAGCACAAUAUUCAGGAGAAGCAAACAUGUCUUCAGACAAUCAUAAUUUACUUUCCAAUGCUUCUCAUUUAUCAGAUGUUUUGGCAAAUAAUCCCUUUUCAAAUUUAAUAAAUAUUGAGCCAGCAGAUUUUUUUCAUUCUUCAAACACAUUAUUUUCAAAUGAUCCUUCAAGUGAGGUUUCCCAUGAAAGAUUUAAUCUACCAUCCAGAUUGUUGAACUUUGAUGUUGAGUACAGAAAUGAAAUUCAUAUUGCAAAAGUAUUUGACAACAAAACUGUUGGAUCUGACGGACGCAGAAACUGUAACAACAUGCAAGGCAGUGAAACAAAAUUAAACAAAUAA